CCCACAGAUGCUCGUUACUUCACUACUACGAAGAAAGGAGAAAUAUUUGAACUUAAAGCUGAACUAAAUAGUGAAAGACGGGAUAAAAAGAAAGAGGCUGUGAAGAAAGUUAUUGCUAGCAUGACCGUGGGGAAGGAUGUCAGUGCUCUGUUUCCUGAUGUGAUUAACUGCAUGCAAACGGACAAUUUGGAACUCAAAAAACUUGUUUAUUUAUACUUGAUGAAUUAUGCCAAAACACAGCCAGAUACUGCCAUUAUGGCAGUGAAUACCUUUGUGAAGGAUUGUGAUGACCCAAAUCCUUUGAUUCGAGCCCUUGCUGUUCGAACUAUGGGUUGCAUUCGAGUCGAAAAAAUAACUGCCUAUCUUUGUGAUCCCUUGCGGAAAUGUUUGAAGGACGAGGAUCCGUAUGUGCGCAAAACUGCUGCAGUUUGCGUGGCAAAACUACAUGAUAUAGAUGCACAGUUGGUAGAAGAUAGUGGCUUCCUCGAGUUACUUCGUGACUUGCUUUGCGAUAGCAACCCCAUGGUUGUCGCUAACGCAGUUGCUGCUAUUUCUGAAAUUCUGGACACCACUGUUUCCGACGCAGCCAGGUCUUUAUUAACGUUUGAUGGACCGGUGAUUAAUAAACUGUUAACUGCCCUUAACGAAUGUACCGAGUGGGGACAAGUGUUCAUUUUGGAUGCGAUUGCGGACUACAACCCGUCGGACGAUAGAGAAGCUCAAAGUAUUGUCGAACGUGUUACUCCUCGGUUGGCUCAUGCGAACGCUGCGGUUGUCUUGUCUACUGUGAAAGUGAUCAUGAAAAUGUUAGAAAUCAUCGACCCCGAAGCAGAGAUUGUAUCGAUUGUCACAAAAAAACUGGCACCCCCGUUGGUCACAUUGCUGUCUGCAGAACCGGAAAUUCAGUAUGUCGCAUUACGUAACAUCAAUUUGAUCGUCCAAAAGCGGAAGGAUAUACUGAAACAAGAAAUGAAGGUGUUCUUCGUUAAAUACAACGAUCCGAUUUACGUCAAACUGGAGAAAUUGGAUAUCAUGAUUCGUUUGAUUAAUUCUUCCAACAUUGGACAAGUGUUAGCCGAACUGAAAGAAUAUGCCAAAGAGGUGGAUGUGGAUUUUGUGCGCAAGGCAGUUCGUGCUAUCGGUCGGUGUGCGAUCAAAAUCGAAUCUGCAGCCGAACGUUGUGUGAGCACACUGAUCGAGCUUAUCCAGACAAAAGUGAACUAUGUUGUACAAGAAGCUAUCAUCGUCAUCAAGGACAUAUUCCGAAAGUAUCCAAACAAAUACGAAAGUAUCAUCUCCAUUUUGUGUGAAAAUUUGGACACAUUGGACGAACCGGAAGCGCGAGCCUCAAUGAUUUGGAUCAUUGGUGAAUACGCGGAGCGCAUUGACAACGCCGACGAAUUGUUGGAGUCUUUCCUAGAUGGAUUCCAAGAUGAAAAUACCCAAGUGCAGUUGCAAUUGUUGACAGCCAUUGUGAAGCUGUUUCUUAAGCGACCCUCAGAUACACAGGAGCUAGUUCAAACUGUGCUCGGUCUGGCUACGCAAGAAUCAGACAAUCCGGACUUACGUGAUCGUGGUUACAUUUACUGGCGUCUACUAUCUACAGAUCCAGGUGCUGCAAAAGAAGUUGUCCUGGCUGAGAAACCUCUAAUUUCGGAGGAGACAGAUAUGUUAGAACCGACUUUGUUAGACGAAUUGAUCUGUCAUUUGGCCAGCCUGGCUAGCGUCUAUCACCGACCACCAAGUUCGUUUGUUGAAGGCCGUCACGUUGCACGUCGCCAGUUACCCGCCCGUGUAGGUCACAUGGGAGCAGCUGGUGAAGCUGGUACGGGCAAAGAUGUCGUCGUCUCAGGAACGACAGCACCAACGGUGAUCCCCACUCAGGAAACGCUGAUUGGUGAUUUGUUGGAUAUUGAUCUGGGUGGGAAACCGACCGCAUAUGAUGCACCCCAGUCACAAUACUCGGGCUCUCUGCUAACCGGAGGCCCACUAACCACUGUCGUCCCCGAUCUGCUGGGCGAUGGUUUGGAUGAUCUGAUCCCGUCUGGCAGCGGUGCUGUUGGUGACCGAGCACCCGCCAUUGGUAAAUGUCUAUGUGAUAUUUUUGAUUCCCACAUAAUUGGCACGAGUCAUUCCGGGAUUCCCGAUCCAACUCCGACCACCUGGCUAGAGGCCAGUCGUGGCAAGGGUUUGGAGAUUCAGGGCGCGUUCUAUCGGCAAACAGCCAACGGUCAAUUGAAUAUGAAAUUGGUAUUUGUGAACCACGCGUUGAGUGCUAUGACCGAUUUCGCGAUUCAGUUCAACCGGAACAGCUUCGGUUUGACUCCAGCAAAACCCUUAAAUAUCGCCGCCCCACUCCAACCUCGACAACCAUUGACAGUGGUCUUGCCGCUUGCCACUAAUGGUCCGGUAGCAAAAAUGGACCCGCUUAUGCAAUUGCAAAUUGCUGUCAAGAACAACGUGGACGUGUUCUACUUCGCCACUAUGGUGCCUAUGCAAGUGUUGUUCGUGGAAGAUGGAGAAAUGGAGAAACGAGUGUUCCUGGCUACCUGGAAGGAUAUUCCCAGUGAAAGUGAACAGCAGUUCACAUUAAAUCAAGUCAAUCUGACGGCAGAUGCUUGCAGUCGUCAUUUACAGCAGGCUAACAUAUUUACUGUGGCUAAGCGCAACGUUGACGGACAGGAUAUGCACUACUUGUCCAUGAAAACUACAAAUAACAUUUGGAUUCUUGCGGAAUUGAAAAUUCAACCGGGUAAUCCUUCAUUUACGGUAAGUUUAUGCAGUGCUGCUUUAUUUCAACACAUUGGUUAA